GGGCCCACCCACAGACAAACCCAGCUCAUUCCUCGCUUCUCUUGUCUUUGCCAAGGGAAGGGAAGGGAUGGGCAAGGGAAAGUAGUCGCUCCCAUGAUCCAUCCUUCAAAUUCAAUCACUCGCAAACACAAAGCUUUUAUCGCAAGAGAAUCAUCACUACGAGUUUCCUUCCUGAUUCAUCGCUUCACAUCCAUGGAUGUCGCUGAAUUCGCUCUGGACGUGGUGCUAUGGCGGGGAGGCAAGGCCCCGGUGAGCUCGUGCCUGCUGGCGGCGACCCUCUGCUCAUGGCUCCUCGCCUCCGCUUCUUCUUCCUACAGCCUGCUCUCCCUCGCAUCCAACGCGCUCCUCCUCCUCCUCGCGCUGCUCUUCCUCUGGGCCAAGGCCGCGCGCCUCCUCGGCAGGCCGCCGCCGCCGGUCCCGGACCUGCAGCCAGCCGCCGACCGCCUCGCCUCCCUCCUCCGCUCAGCCCUCGCCGACGCCGCCGACGCCUUCAACCACAUCGCCGGCGGCUCCCCCUCUUCCAACCGCCUCCUCGCCCGCGCCUUCCUCGCCCUCUCCCUCCUCUCCUUCCUCGCCGGCUCCCCCGCCUUCCGCUACCCCGCCGUCGUCGCCGCUCUCACCCUCCCGCCCUUGUACGUCAGGUGGGACAUGGAUGCCUACCUCCGCCUCGCCUCCCUCAACCUCUACAGGUACGAGCUGCUCUACCAGAGAUUCUCCCUCGCGUGCUUCCGGACCGCCAGGGACUGGAUCAUGCUUGACGACCACGAGGAAGAAGACGACCACCGCCUGCUGCUGCUCAACAAGAAACAAUUGAUGAUACACUCCUACACUAGUUAGUAUCAUCUGCUCCUGUCGAUCGUGUUUUGGACUUGAUUUUGCCUUCCACUGCUUCUCUUUGAUUUGAUUGAUUGAUUUGAUGCCCAUGCCCUGUUUUGUCAGCGCUGAAACCUUGCUAGAUUGCUCCAUUUUGUAUAUGAUUCUUCUUGGUUUGCUCUUGUACGUAAUGAAAGCUGGAAACUCCAUUCCAAUCCAA